AACCCGGAGGCGCACCAAGCCAAAGGCAGCAAAACUUGGCAAGCAGCAAAACUUGACAGCAGGCGCGGCCAUUUUGACAAAGGUGCACAUAUCCGUGCUGGAAAGGGAGUCGUCCUUUAGGGAGUGCAAAGCAGGGGGAACAAUCUCAGGAAGUGCUUAUGAAGAACAAUAGAGGGCUUGGAGAAGCCAAAGUAGGAUGACAAAGGCAGCAUGCCUCACUGUGGGCACAGAGUAAACUAAUUUAGUUUAAGGAAAAGAUCUCUUCCUGACAGGAUUGCAGGUGGCCCUUCGGUGACAUCUCCCGGUGAAAGGUGACAGGGGUGCGAACCUUGGAGCUCCAGGAGAAGUGACCUUGCUUAGCGUCAGUGGACCGCUUGGCUAGGAUGCACAAUGGAACCCAGUGAGGCCCAGGAACCAGCUCAGGGAGCGCCGCCCAUCAGACUGGAAUCGCUGACACUGGAGGAUGUGGCCGUGGACUUCACCCAGGAGGAGUGGCGGCUCCUGGCCCCCGCCCAGAAGGACCUGUACCGGGACGUGAUGCUGGAGAACUUCAGGAACCUGGUGUCAGUGGGGUAUGUGGCCAGCAUGCCGGCUGCACUCUCCAGACUGGAACGAGGGGGAUGGUGGAUGACAGAAGAUGAAACCCGCCGUUGGAUCUGUCCAGAGAUCAAGAAAGAUGGUGGCCAUCUACAGGGGCACUUGCAAAAUCAAAGAUGUCCAAAGAGAAUGAAACAAUGCCAUGAACAUAAUGCGUUUGGAAACAUUGUUCAUCGGAGUAAAAGUAAUUUUCCUGUAAGGCAAAGUCAUGACAUCUUUGACUUACAUGGGAAAACGCUGAAGUCAAAUUUAAGUUCAGUUAACCGGAACAGAAGCUAUGAAGUAAAGAACCUGACUGAGGUUAAUGGGGAUAUGAAAUCCUUUUCCCAUACAAAGCAUGACCAGUAUUGUAUUGAAAUUAAAUUUCCUGAAAGUGGAAAUUCUGCAAAUACAAAUUCCCAAUUCAUCAAGCAUCAGAGAACUCAAAAGACAGAGAAACCCCACGUAUGCGGUGAGUGUGGAAAAGGCUUCUUCAAGAAGUCUCGGCUCACGGAUCAUCAGAGAGUGCACACAGGAGAGAAGCCUCAUGGAUGCAGCAUGUGCGGCAAAGCCUUUUCCAGAAAGUCCAGGCUCACCGAACACCAGAAAACUCACAUAGGAGAGAGGCGGUACGCAUGCACUGAAUGUGACAGAUCAUUCCCCAAGAAAUCACGGCUCCUUGUGCAUCAGAAAACUCACACAGGAGAGAAACCCUAUGUAUGCAGUGAGUGCGGAAAAGGCUUCUUCAAGAAGUCUCGGCUCAUUAACCAUCAGAGAGUUCACACGGGAGAGAAGCCCCAUGGAUGCAGUCUGUGUGACAAGGCAUUUUCCAGAAAGUCCAGGCUCAUUGAACACCAGAGAACUCACACAGGAGAAAAACCUUAUGAAUGCACCCAAUGUGACAAAACGUUCCGCUGGAAGUCGCAGCUCAAUGCCCAUCAGAAGACUCAUACAGGAGAGAAACCGUAUAUAUGCAGUGAUUGUGGGAAAGGCUUCAUUCAGAAGGGCAAUCUCAUCGUACACCAGCGGACGCACACUGGGGAGAAACCUUACGUAUGCAGUGACUGUGGAAAAGGCUUCAUUCAGAAGGGCAAUCUCCUUAAACAUCAACGCAUUCACACUGGAGAGAAACCCUAUGUAUGCACCGAAUGUGGGAAAGGCUUUAGCCAGAAGACCUGCCUCAUAUCCCAUCAGCGGUUUCACACUGGAAAGACACCCUUUGUGUGUAGUGAGUGUGGAAAAUCCUGUUCCCACAAGUCCGGUCUCAUUAACCACAGGAGGAUUCACACAGGAGAGAAACCCUAUACCUGCGGUGACUGUGGGAAGGCCUUUAGAGAUAAGUCGUGCCUUAACAGACACCGGAGGACUCAUACAGGAGAGAGGCCCUACAGGUGCACUGACUGUGGGAAGGCUUUCUCCCACCUGUCUUGCCUCGUUUACCAUAAGGGAAUGUUGCACGCAAGAGAGAAAGGUGUACGUCCAGUCACGGUGGGGAAUCCUUUCUCAGAGAGCCACAGCCCGUCACGUUCAAGUGAUAGCACGCAGGAGAAAGACCCUGUUAAUAAGGUGUCCAGGCCAAUGCCUUCUGUAGCGGCUCAGACUUCGUUACGCCUCUGUGGGCUCCUAGCAAAUAGGAACACAGCCACGGUGGGACAGCCAGGUGCUAGGUGUGCACCACCAGCAGAUAACCAAGUUUGCACAGGGAAACCUGUUGAAUGCAGUGAAUGUGGUGCUGCCUUCACCGACCAGUUGCGUCAUAGUUUAUGUCCCAAAAAGCACACAGGCAUAAAGUGUGAUACAAUCUAGGUGGAAAGCCCUUGAAUAAAACCUGCCAGGUCAGUGUGUGGCUGACAGGCGUAUACUGAGACGCAUAGUGUAAAGCCCGGGAAUAGUAUAAAAAGACAAAUAGAAUAAAGAUCCAGAAAGCCUUUGUGGAAAGAUAGAGCCUGCCGGGUGUCUCACGGGUCCCAUAUCAGCAGUGAGCUCAUAGCUGGUAGAAAUAUAAUGACUGUGGGAAAGUCCUUCCCCAGAGAGAAGACCUCACUAGGUGCCAGACGGUUCCCACAGGAGAGAAACUGUUGGAAGAGCUUUGAAGGCAGUGACUGUGGCAGGACUGUCACUGAAGCAUCCUCAGGCUGGGGAAAUCCUACAGAAAAAAAGGACUCUGAGCACACCAACUGUGGAACGUCUUCAGCAAAAUAGCAGCAAACACAUCCAGCGAAUACGCCCUGUGAAAGUGAAUAUUUCAGAGAUUUCUGCCAGAAGUCUAGCCUCAUUCCACACCGUGCACAUUUCAGGACAAUAUACCUUGAAUCAGACUCCUAAUUGAUGUGAUGGUGACUCCUUAAUUCAAAGGAGGUGGUAGAUGGUGCACAUCAGUGGUUAGAACUAUAACCGUGCACCCCCCCUUUUCUGGGGGGCGCAUGAAUCUUUCAUUCCCACCCAGGAUCAGUAUUUGGUUAGCUCCUGUAUUAUUUUGGUUCUAAAUUUAUUCAGUUAAUUUUAGACCACUGAAAUCCUUCAAAAGGAAGCUGAAUACAUUUAAUUCAGUGUUGUACUGUGGCAUAUUUGGAUUCAUUUGACUUUGUAAAUAUCCCCCAAAGGAACAACUACUCGGAACUCCUGAAUAACCUAUCCGUCAAGUUCUUUGCCUAGAAGACAGUUCCCAGCCGGUACACACACUGCUCAGAAAACCUUUCAUUAGCUAUUUCCUUACAUGAUCUACAGAUGCUGACAGUAGUGAACUAAAUAAGAAUCCUUGCUGCCUUUGAAGUGUUUUUUUUUUCUUUUUAAACUGAAUUACAUGCAUAUAGCACUUUGACCUUCCAGCACAUGUAAUCAGAGGAUAGAUACACCUACAUUAGCUGAAAGGGACAUAAGGUAAAAGGUACAAAGUAUCAUGGUAAUUUCUUGCUGGAGGGGCAUGUUAUUAUUUGGACAGGGAUGGGGAAAAGAUUCAGUUGGUUUUACAUGUGUAAAAUAGGAUAUGGAUACUUUGUUAAAAGAUACUAUCUUUCUACCUGGAUUAUAAAUCCCUACCCAGAUAGUUUAUAGAUUUUCGCAUAUUCCCCAGCCCAUAGCAGACUGGAAACAAAUCCCAUGGCUUUGAAAGGAAACUGAAAGUAAAUGUGUGGCCUAAAUGAAUGACCCACUGGACUAAUCAAUCAAGCGGAUUUUUGUUCACUUAAGGAAAGGAGCUACGGAAAAGAAAUUUCAAAGAUCAGAAAAUUAUAAGCAAAAAAAAAAGAAUCCUGAAUAGAGGCCCCUGGCAAUAGAGAAAGGGCAGAUCAGAGAAGGAAUAGGAUCCUCAGAGCAAGCCCAAUUGAUAGAAAAUGACGUCACCUCCAAAAAGGAGGACAGUGCGUUAGAUGGGUGGAGGUGAGAUUCUUUCGAUGCUGUGAAGCGCCCUGACCCUCGCUCCACAGUCUGCCCCCUGUUAGAGCUUUUAUCUCAGGGAUCCCAGCUCCUUUGUGAUGUGAUGAACUGGGACACGUAGCUUCAUCACGCUCACUGUCCUGGGAACGGGGCCUUGUCCUCUCUCCUGUACUCAGGGUUCUUUCCCUUGCUUCAGGAAAGAUCUGUCCAGCUUAAAAGCGGAGCGCUGAUUACAAGGGAAAAAAGUGGAAAUUUGCCAUCAAGUGGCUGUCUCAUCAUUGAAUUCCAAACACUGGAUUUUUGAGGAAUUUACUGCAACAGAUGUUUUUUUGAGCGCCUGCACUGUGCCAGGCACUGUUGUAGACAUGGGGUACACACUGGUGAACAAAACAUGCAAAAUAAUGGCCUCUGGAAGGAUGGAUUUGGGACAGAUGCUCUUCAAAGAAUCAGAAAUGGACUCUUGUUCGACUCAGGCUUCAGGUCAUCUCCACUCCUCGUGUCACGAAUCUGCACCGCCUCUCGUGCCCCGUGUCUUUGUCCUUGAAUCUUCAGUCGGGGUCCCUGAAGGGGCUGCCCAGGCCUGCCUUGAACCCUGAGGCCCAGGUGCUGACUUACCUUUCCGAGGCUGGCGUCCCAGGAGUUGCUGACACUGGAGGAUGUGACUAUGGACUUCAUGUGGGAGGAGUGGCAGCUCCUGGCCCCCACCCAGAAGAACCUGCCGGGACGUGAUGUUGGAGAACUACAGGAACCUGGUGUCAGUAGGCAGGGCAUCAAGCCAGCAAACCAGACUCGCCAAGCUGGAGCUAGGGGAAGAACCGUGGGCGAUAGAAGAGGAAGUCCGCAGUGGAACCAGUCCAGAAGCUGAAGUUGAUGAUCACCUACGGUGACACUUGCGUGGCUGGAGAUGCCUAAAGACAACUAAAUGCGGAACAGUGCUGUGAACAUGAUGCCUCUGAAAAUAUUGUCCAUCUGGACCAUCAUUUUCCUUUAAGGCAAAAUUAGGGAAAAACUCUGAAAUCAAAUUUAAAUUCAGUCAGUUAAAGCAGAGGCUAUGAAAUAAAGAACUCCGUGGAGUGUA